AAUAAAGUGUGACUUAAAAAAAUUAUAAUAACUUUAUUUAAAAAAAAAAAUGUUUCAAACUAGAGAAAUUAUUGUGUUAAAAGUUUUCCAUAUAUAUUUUUUUAGUAUAACAUUUGAAAUAUAAAGUAUUAUUUAAUAAAAAAUUUAUAUAAAAAAAGAGAAUAUUUAUUAAAAUUCAAUUUUAAUAUAUAAUAAAUAUAUCGAGUGUUUAUUUGCGUAUAAAUUAUAAAUAGAAAAUGAAAAAUUCAUAUUCGUAUGGAAAUAUAUUGUCACGGCUCUCAUUUAUAUGGAUUUUUAAUAUAUUUUUCAAAAAUUAUAAAAAUAAUGAUGAUAAUUUAGAAUUUAAUUAUUUUCAAAUACCAAAGAAACAGGACUCUCAUUAUUUAUAUAAAAAAAUUCACGACUCAUGGAAUAUUGAAAUUGAAAAAAAGAAAAAAAAUUCUUCAAACUCACCAAUUUCAUUGAAACAAGUGAUAAUGAAUAUUUUUGGUGUUGAUAUUUUAUUUAUAGGUCUUAUUCAAUUGAUUUCUGAAUCUUUUAUAAGAGCAUUACAACCGCUAUUGUUGACAAAAUUGUUGAGAUAUUUUGAAGAAAACACAAAAACAUCAACAAACGAGGCAUGCAUUUGGGCAAUUGGAAUUAUUAUUUGUCUAUUGAUUCAAAUAAAUUUUUUUCACAAUAUACUCAAUAUAAUGACAAUUUUAGGAUUAAAAAUAAAAAUUGCUUAUUGUUCUUUGAUUUAUAGUAAAAUCUUAAAAAUGUCCACAACAUGUUUGGAGGAAAAAACUUCGAUUCUGGAGAUUGUCAAACUUGUAACAAAUGAUGCUGAAGCAAUUCAAUCAUCAUUAAUGUAUUUACAUUAUUUUUGGAUGAUACCAUUUCAAGGAAUUCUCAUUGCAUAUUUAAUUUACAUUCAUGUGGGAUUUAUUGCAAUUUCCGGUGUUUCACUAUUUUUUCUAUUUAUUCCAAUCCAAGGAUUUUUCACUAAAUUAACGUCACGAUUAUUAUUGAAAAUUGAAGUAAAAACCAAAGAAAGAUUAAAAUUACAAAAUCAAAUUAUUGAUUGUAUAGAAAAUAUAAAAAUAUUUGUCUGGGAAAAGAAAUUUAUUGAUGCUGUUAACAAUAUCAGAAAAUACGAAAUUUAUCAGCUAUUUAAAUUCAAUGUCAUCAAAUUAAUUAUAUUUUCAUCAUUAUUUUACAUUUCCCGAUUGUCUAUGAUCAUUACAUUUAUAUUUUUUGUCAUCUUCCAACGAAACAUGAAAAUGGAAACAUUUUUUCUUCUCGUACUCUAUUUUAUGGAAUUACAAAUUCUCAUCAAUUACUAUUUACCACUAGGACUUGAAAAAAUUAAUAAUGGAAUUUCAGCACUUCGAUUAAUUCAGGAAUUUAUGAAUCUUGACGAAAUGGAAAUUAAAAAAAACAAAAUUAACAAAAACAAAAUUUUUUUACAUCUUAAUAAUAUAAAUUUGAAUUCAAUAACAAAAGAAAAUGAAAUUAAUUUUUCACCAAAACCUGCUUCGUUUACAGCAAUUGUUGGUGAAACAAAAAAAUUAUCGUCAAUAAUUCUUCAAGAAUUGCCAAUAGCAUCGGGAAUUGUUAAUAUUAAUGGAAAUAUUGCCUAUGUUAGUAAAAAUCCGUGGAUAUUUUCAGGAACAAUUCGUGAAAAUAUAAUUUUUAAUAAUCCAAUAAAUCAAAAACAUUAUGAAAAAAUAAUUAAUAUUUUUAAAUUGGAAAAAGAUUUAAUUCAAUUACCAAUGAAGGAUAAUACAAAAAUUAAUGGGAAUAAAAUUAAUAUCACCGAGGAAUUAAAAAUAAAAUUAGCACUAGCUCGAGCUAUUUAUUCUAAUGCUGAUAUUUAUCUUCUAGAUGAUCCAUUUGAAAAAAUUAAUUCCAAAAUUACCAAUUAUAUAUUUAAAGAAAUUUUAUGUAAAUUAUUAAAAAACAAAAUAAGAAUUCUCCUGACAAAUCAUCAUCAAAAACAUCUUCAAUAUGUUGAGAAAAUUUAUUAUCUCUCCAAUGAUGAAAUAAAAAUCAAUUACAAAAAGAAUGGAAAAAAAUUAAUAAUCAAUCAGCCAUUAUUAAAUGAUAAUUUUAAAAAAUAUGAAACUCUUGAAUCUAAUGUUGAAAUUACAGGAAAUAUUUAUUUGCAACUAUUAAAAUCAGUGGAAAAUUGGUGGUUAAUUGGAAUUUAUUUUAUUUUAUUAUGCACUUGUCAAAUUGCAAUUACUGCUGUUGAUUAUUUUAUUACACAUUGGACAAUAACUGGUUUAUGCAAUAAUUUACAUGAGAAUAUUGAUCAUCAUUUAGUGACAUAUUCGAGAGUUUGUUCAAAAAUUAAACACUGGAAUUAUAUAUACAUAUUUGGUGGACUUCUGAUAUUUGCAAUAAUUGGAAUAAAUUUAAAUGUUCUAAUAUUUGGGAAAAUUUGUAAAAAUGCUUCUAAUAGAUUGCAUACAUUAUUGUUUCAGUCAAUGAUACAUGGAAGUAUGAGAUACUUUUA